AUGAGAGUAUUUCAUAGAUUCUCAACAGCACACGAUGAUUUAAUUCACGAUGUCAGCUAUGAUUUUUAUGGUAAAAGAUUGGCUACAUGUUCAUCAGAUCAAAAGAUUAAAGUAUGGGAUUUAAAUGACAAUCAAAGAUGGGAACUUUCAGCCGAAUGGAAGGCCCAUUCAGGUUCAGUUUGGAAAUUAGCAUGGGCACAUCCAGAAUAUGGUCAAGUAAUUGCAUCAUGUAGUUUCGAUAGAACUGUUUGUAUAUGGGAAGAAAGUCAAAAAAAAUGGGUAUUAAAAGCACAUUUAGUAGAUAGCAGAGAUUCAGUUACAGAUAUUAAAUUUUCACCAAAAUCAUUUGGACUCAGAUUAGCAACUUGUUCAUCAGAUGGAUAUAUUAGAAUUUAUGAAGCAAUGGAUAUUAUGAAUCUUUCACAAUGGACUAUUGUCCGAAGAGUUUGA